AUGGUGACGGUCCUCAUCCCUCAGCCCUCCGGUCCCCGUGUCCCCAGGGCGGUGACGGGUGACGGGGUGAACGACUCGCCGGCGCUGAAGAAAGCCGACAUCGGGGUGGCCAUGGGCAUCGCCGGCUCCGAUGCCGCCAAGAACGCGGCCGACAUGAUCCUCCUCGAUGACAACUUCGCCUCCAUCGUCACCGGCGUUGAGCAAGGCCGUUUGAUCUUUGACAACCUGAAGAAAUCCAUCGCCUACACCUUGACCAAGAACAUCCCUGAGUUGACGCCCUACCUCAUUUACAUCACGGCCAGCGUCCCCCUGCCCUUGGGCUGCAUCACCAUCCUCUUCAUCGAGCUCUGCACUGACAUUUUCCCCUCGGUCUCCUUGGCCUAUGAGAGGGCGGAGAGUGACAUCAUGCACCUGAAGCCCCGCAACCCUCGACGCGACCGGUUGGUCAACGAACCCUUGGCGGCUUAUUCCUACUUCCAGAUUGGCGCCAUCCAAUCCUUCGCCGGCUUCACCGACUACUUCGUGGCGAUGGCGCAGGAGGGUUGGUGGCCCCUGCUCUGCUUGGGGCUGCGCCCGCGUUGGGAAGACACCCACGAGCAGGAGCUGCAGGACAGCUACGGCCAACAAUGGACCUUCGAGCAGCGCCGCUACCAGCAGUACACCUGCUACACCGUCUUCUUCAUCAGCAUCGAGAUGUGCCAGAUCGCCGACGUCCUCAUCCGCAAGACCCGGCGCCUCUCCCUCCUGCAGCAGGGCCUCUUCCGGAACCGGAUCCUGGUGAUCGCCAUCGUGUUCCAGGUGUCCAUCGGCUGCUUCCUCUGCUACUGCCCCGGCAUGCCCAACGUCUUCAACUUCAUGCCCAUCCG